AUGUCAAUUAGUAAAUCUUUUAUUAUUGUAUUAACAGUAUUGUUUUCUCCAAAUUCUUCAGGUUGUGGAAGAUUUUCCGAUCGUCACAUUCAUCAAAAUGGUGUUAGGGAAACUGGAGUCUCAUUAGCUUUCACUGUUAGAGCACUGGAUGCUGGACCUAUCAUUGCAUCUCAAAAAGUUGGCGUGGAUGAGGAUAUUAAGGCACCAGAUUUACUGGAUUUUCUCUUUGAUCUUGGCUCAAAACUUUUGUUGCACGAGCUUCCUUCAAUAAUUGAUGGUACAACAACAACUAAAGCACAACCUGAAGAUGAUUCUAAAGCUACCUUAGCUCCAAAGAUUACUCUCGAAGAAUCAUGGCUAUCGUUUGAUCAAGACACUACUGUCCUGCAUAAUAAGGUACGGGCAUUUGCAGGUUGGCCUGGAACUCGAGCUAGACAUGCAAAAGAAAAUGGAGUCUUGAAAGCAGUCACUCUGUUAUUUUAUCAUCAGUUUCAGGGCUUCAAGUUGCGAAAACGAAACUACAUGAGGGUACAGAAGCUAUGUUUGCAGAUAUUGGUCACUUUACAGCCUUCUCCGUUAAGAAGUGAGUUUGAUGGUGGUCGUUCUUCUACUCAGAGUUUUACUGGUGGUGAGGAUCGGAUACCGAGGAAAGUGUCAGGAAACAUUGUUGCAGAGAUGUCAAGAGCUGGAAAACAUCCAAGAUACAAGCAAUAGAUAGUGCUAAUCUAGAUCAGAUUUGUAAGAUGUGUUCUAUUUAAGCUCCCUUGCCAGAUUAUCAAGAAUAUUGAGUCAUUAAAGAACUCAUAAUUGUACCUCAAAAUUUUUUGUUGAUCUUAAAUUAGUGUCACAGUUUCUAAAUUUAAAUGUUUUGCUAACUACUUGGGGGUGUUAAAUAUUGAGUAAUCUAACCAUGGAAUA